GAAUUCCGAAGUUUGCCAUCUGAAGGGAAUCCCAAAGUUUUCCUCUCGGCCCGAAACAACGCAUUACAGCUCUUCUGCAAGUUUAACUAGGGAAUUAAAAUGUCUCCGCCAUCAAGAAGACUUCAAACUAAGCCAGUUAUAACUUGUCUUAAGACUUUUUUAAUUUCUUACAGUCUUAUAUUUUGGUUCACGGGAGUGAUCCUGUUGGCAGUGGGUGUAUGGGGAAAGGUUAGUCUGGAUGCUUACCUCUCCCUGGCCUCGGAAAAAAGCACUAAUGCUCCAUAUGUCCUAAUUGGGACUGGUGCCAUUAUCGUCAUCUUUGGCCUGUUUGGUUGCUUCGCUACCUGCCGUGGCAGUCCAUGGAUGCUGAAACUGUAUGCAAUGUUCCUGACAUUGGUGUUUUUAGCUGAACUGGUGGCAGGAAUAUCUGGCUUUGUGUUCAGACACGAGAUCAAAGCAAUACUCGGUGAUGUCUACAGUAAGGCUGUGAAGUCCUACAACAGCACAGACUCAAAAAGCCAAGCAGUGGACACUAUCCAGAGAACUCUGCAUUGCUGUGGGGUGAAGAGCUAUACGGACUGGAAUGAGACAGAAUAUUACAAACAGAUUGGCAUCCCAAUCAGCUGCUGUAACCAGUCGUCCGGAUGCAACACAGAAACCCUCAAAAACAUGACUCUGGCUGAAACAGUGGUCUACCAUCAGGGCUGUUUCUCUUUGGUGACAUCUGUGAUGGAGGCUAACCUGGGCAUUAUAGCAGGAAUAUCCUUUGGAAUUGCAUUCUUCCAGUUAAUUGGAAUUUUCCUGGCAUGCUGUUUGUCCCGAUACAUCACCAACAACCAGUAUGAAAUGGUUUAACAGUCCUCAUACACAGGAUACAGACUGAUUUUCCAAGAUGGAUCCACUCGUGAAGGGACACCCUUUAGUUUUAAUGUUUCAUAUUCAUGCUUUAGUUAUCCUUUUUUUUUUUUUUUUUUUUAAUUCUUAGAACAUUUUCCCGCUGCUUUUUAAACACUCUUUUCUUAUUGGCAAGUAGGUGGAAGGGAAAAAUUCAAUGUGAAUCAUAAGGGAUCUCACUUUUAUAAUCACUUAGAUCUAAAUGCUGGAUAGUUCGUAUGACAGUGGUUAAAAUGAUAACAGAUUCUUACAAUUCUGUCUGAAAGUUGUAUCUGAUAUUUCUUGCCUAGAGGAAUCCAGUGACUGAGACUUGAUUAGAUUAGUUUGUGGACUGAUGUAUAACUCUGUAUCAUCCAUUUUCCAUGCUUAUUACAAAUGGUGUCACUUUACAAAUACAGAACUUUGGUUCUGCCUCAACUAUAUUUGUACUCACCAGUUGAAGAAACCAUAUUCCACUUUUCCAGUGCCAACAUAUAAUACCAUUGAUUUCUGUGCUGCAAGUUGAAAUUCUGUAGCAAAAUGUUGUCAUUUCAAUUAAUUGCGUGUACAGAGUAGCAUAACCAUAAUUUGUGUUUUUUGUGUGUGAGUGCAUGAAUGACCUGACUACACAGUAAGCUGGAAAACAUGUAUAUUGUCUGUAACACUAAUAUGACUUUGUAGCACCACGGUAUGAAAUUUUUAGAUUCUGGCCUGCCUUACCACCAAAACUGCAGAUCAGAGUAAAAAAUGGGAGUGGAUGUGGAAGAAAACGCAUAUUUAACAAUGGAUAUUCAAGAUUUAUAUCCAGAAACAGCAUUUGUGGCGGGUCGUGGAGUUGCAGAAGGCUGUUUGUGACCGUUUCUCAAUACGUUUCAUGGUGAAUUACUGUAUGUCCAUCUAAGAAAUGAACUUUUUUGGAGCAUGUACACUCUCUAAAACAUACAUAUACUUAAAAUUUGAUGUCAGUGUUAACAGCCUGCUUUUCAUUCGUGAAAACAGCAUGUAAAGUACUUGAAAAUAAAGAAAUAAAUAAACUGAACUUCAUAUA